AGGGAGGAACAGUAUUAUGGGGGUAGAAGACGGGGCGCCACACCGGACUAGUUCUUGUCUAUCCUAUCCGUUGUCAUAUGAGCAUCAACCCAGCUAGACGUCUGUCUCCAUCUCGCCAAUCUGCCCUUCUUUCCCUUCUUCUACACAUUCGCUUCUGUAUUGGCGACGUCGUCCUGGAGACAAGGAGUGUGUUUUAAUAUAUAUGAGUUAUGGAUUUGUGAGCUAUGUUGCAGGGCAGGCUCUUGCGGUGCUCUCUUUUAAUCGCGCUGGGCACGAUGGGGGUUUGGGCUCACGAAGAUGUUGUUAAUGUGGGCAGGAGUCCGGCGUCUUGUGGAGAUGGGGCUUGCGUGCGGGAGGUGAACCGUGUCGUGGCGGAGAGGGAAGAUGUGAUCGAGAGAUUCAUAUUGGAAGGGUUACCACCUGAUUCGACGAGGGCCCCGAAGGAACAGGCAGCGCCCGCUCUCACGACACCUCAACCAACGCUCCCGCCACGGAAGCGCCAGGACGACGGCCAGAUCCAGGCACUCUCGGAGCAGCUACGACAGGUUUCGGAAUCCGCAACCCGAGCCCUCUCCUCCGUCUCGUCGAGCGCGUCUUCGGCUAUAAGUCUCGUAACUCAGUCAGCGGAGUCUGUUCGCCAGUCCGCCGACCAAGCCGUCAGGCUCGCCAGCCAGGACGCCGACCGGGUCAGCCAGCAAUUGUCGCAAACCCAGUCCUCGGCUGCGAGCGCAGUCUCUGCGGCCAACUCGCGUGCUAGCGAGCAGAUGGCGCGAUCCUUAGAAAGCAUAAGCAAUCGCAUAGCCAGCGCUCAGAGCAGUGCGAGUAGCGCAAUAAGCCUUGCUCAGGCGGAAGCAAGGUCAAGCGCGUCGAACGCGUUGAACAUAGCCGCGAGCCAAAUUCAGGCAGCAAGGGCCGACGCGAGCGGGGUGAGGGGGGAUGGGAAUUCUACUGUAACCCAGCCGCAGUCCGACUCUAUCUCGGGCACGAGUGUCGCCAUAAUAGUCACUGUGGCCGUGGUCGGUACCGCCAUACUUACAGUCAUCGCCGCGUGCUUCAUCGUCCGCUAUCGACGAAAGAGGAAGCGUAACCGCGAGGGCCUGACCUCAGCAAUGAGCAUAAACGAGAAGCAAUACCAAAAACCGGUUGCAGUUCGGGGGACACCGGAUAGUCCCCGUUUUACACCGUUUGGAGGCGGCAGGGGCUAUCCGAUGGAUAACUUCAAGCUUCCGGAUCUAAGCUUGAGCCCGUUCCUAAGAAAGAAGAUAAUCGCAGACAGCCAAAGCGACAUUGGCUAUGCGAAGAGCGAUUAUAGUGUCAAGGAGGCGCGGAGGCCUAGUAAUGCAUCUGGUGCAGAUGCUAACGGUGUUUCUCCAACGGGCUUCAGGUUACAAAAGGAUAGGAGCAUCCGGAGUGCGACCAGCGUGCGGUUAAUCAGAGUCAGUAGCAAUAAAGGCAAGGCCAAGGAAGACGAUCAGGAGGAUCUACCUAGCCCAGUGGCAUAUUCUCCGCCCCCAAUACCUGUACAGCUGCAACCCCCGGAACCACCCUCGUCAGUACGGCCGCCACCACUACCAGUCUCCGAGCCGGAGCCGGCGGUCACCCGGUCGAGCCGGAUCUCGGAGCCGAAUCAGCCAACAUCGAGUCCCCCAAAGCGCACGACGAUGACCAAUCAGCAACGGCUGCGUUUCCGGGAUAGCAGCGAUGUGGAGUCGGCCGAGCCCACGCCGACUCUGCCUUCUCCGACCACGGUGACCACCUCGCUACGGAACACGAACACGGCUAGCCUACGGGCGGUCAGCGGCACCGGCGAGCAGCCGCCACUGCGGCGGCCCAAGAACGCCGGCGCCAGCUUCGCCACGUUCCCCCGGAUCCGCAACCCGCCGCCGGGGGGGUCGGCCGCGGAGGCCAUCCUGAACCGCGGGCGCACUAGCCUCAGCGGCGUCGCGGCGCGGCUGCAGGACGAGGCCGAGCGGAGGCGCCGCGAGCUCGCCGCGUUCAGCAUGGGCGGCGGCGCCGGCGGCAGGGCGAGCCAGUCGGGCAAGGGCAAGGGCGCGUCCGCGGAUGACAAGCCAGCUGCUCGCCCGAAUUGGCCUUUUGGCGAGGGUCGAGAGUAGCCCCCAUUGACGUGGCGAAGGAUGGGGGUAGUUGGCCUGGAGGCAGAGGAAAGAAGUCGAAGCGUAAUUAAUGGCGGCGGAUAUACCAGCUUAUGGCGGAGGCUUCUUGUUACCUACCUAUUUUGUUUUGCGCACGCGAAGAUACCACGACCCCGGAUGGACAAGGGGUGAACACACCUGGGGACACGGCGAGAGAAGUAGGGUGGGAAACAGCAGGAAAAGGAGGAGUUAUUAAAGGGGUGGGGGAUAUACAUGGAAGGACUCGAGCGUGUGUGCUCGAACAUAGGCCCCGUACCAACUAGCUAAGCACGGAUUCCCUGGUUAGCUGCUCACAUACCUACGUAUACUCUAUUACACAUGUACUGCCGAUCUAGUACCUACACUUCAUGUCCUAAUAUGUAUUAUUACCGAGAGCCUGUGGUCGCGUGUCUCACUUACUGGACUCGGACCCCAUAUCUGUGCCUCUGGUGGGUUGACGCGCACACAUACAU